AUGCAGUCUCUCAUUUCGCAAUGUGGCCAAGCGCCUACCUCCGAUGCCAAGCAACAAGUUUUACGACAGUUUCAUGAUAUGGAGCCCCUCUUGCAUACGCUGUAUAUCCAAGCGCGUCCCUUCCAUAUGACCUCUGAGUCACUACUCAAGUACCUAACGAACCCUGCACGGCCCUUGUUACCUCCUACGAGCGCGAUACCCCCGUCGAUCGAGGCAUUGCUGGAUACCCUAGCUCGCGGCGAGGUACGUGGCCAUGCAGCCAAGCAAUUGGUGCAUACGUUUCUGGAUCGCCAUGGCAUUGCUAUUUGUACCUCAGUGCCAGACCCUCUUUCGACCUUUGAUGUGUUCCUGCGAUGCCUGGAUCGGCGACUUCGUAUGGGCGUAUCCGCGUCCACACUACGUCGUGUAUGGACCACCGAGGAUCGGUCGAGUACAGCUCUUCUACAAGCGUUGGAUACUGACCAGCGUGUCUCGUGGCCACUGCCUAUCGCGCUGGCGCAGACAUGGACCGGUCCUGGCCUCCCACCUACGUCGACGCACUGGUACGCCAGCCGCAAGCACGACGGCGUACGUUGCUUGGCGUUGGUCCGCCUCACGCACGGUGUCGUGACGCAUGUGGACUUGGUAUCUCGUACUGGCCGUGUCCUUACUACCCUGUCUGCGGUGGCCACAUCGCUGCAACAAGAUCUGCAACAGGCCGGUGUGGCGGCCUGGGGCGAGGAACGUGCGUUCGUCCUGGAUGGAGAGCUUUGUGCGUUGGACGAUGCAGGGCAGGAAAGCUUUGUGUUAGCCGCCUCGCAAGUCCAGCGGCCCACCGAGCUUGCUACGCUGGUCUACUACCCCUUUGAUCUGCUACCGCUGGAGGCAUGGCUGGCGUGGCGGACCUCGCCUACGCCGCCAUUUGCUGAGCGGUACGCGCGCCUUCAACAGAUGCUCGAGGCUGUGUCAAAAGCCUGUCCAACGACAUGCCUUCGGCGCUUGCCACACGUGCGUCUUACGUCGGAGGGCGAUUGGACCUCGAUCCAACACCGCGCGGCGGUGGAGGGCUGGGAAGGCCUUAUGUUGCGAGACGACGUGCCGUUUCAAGGCCGACGUACGCCGUCGCUGCGCAAAGUGCGGCGGCGUGAAGAGGCCGAGUUUGUGGUGGAAGACAUUGACGUGACUACGAUGCGGCUCCCUGUCGACGGCACGUACGCGGACCGCGUAGCACUAGCUAGCAUUCUGAUUUCGCACCAUGGCCGACGUGUGCAUGUCGGUUCUGGGUUCCGCGUGGCGCAGCGUUUGUACUAUGCGGCACACCCUGACGACAUUGUAGGGCACACCGUGACGGUAUCAUACUUUGAAGAGGCGGCCAACCUGGAUGGCGCGUUGCCAAGCUUGCGGUUCCCUGUCGUAAAGUAUGUCUACGACCGCGGCGCACGCCCCUUUUAA